CAUUCCCCAACAAUCAUCAUGAUUAUCCGGCAGCUGAUGGGCCUUAAUCCGUGGGCCCGUGUGCUCGUACCGUUUCUGUGCGUGUGGGUCCUGUUUGUUCUGAUAUUCUACUCCAAACUGAAUACCUCCGCCUCGUCGUCCAGCAACGCCGCUGCCAAUGCUGACGAUUCACUGAAAAGGCUCGAAAGAGCCGUCCAACAGCUGGAACACUCGAAACAGAUCGACCAAGAGCUGCGCUUGUUAGUUGACGAGUAUAUGGCCGAUGCCGGCACGUCCGCCGACCGAAAGCAACACUUUAUCGACGAGCUGGGCAGCAAGCUGGAGCAGGACGGUGGUGCCGGCUGGUUCGCACUUGGACGGCCUCGCAAUGGACCGUCGCUCGAGUACGAACGGCUUCGGCGACGCGUCAAUACCAACACUCAGGAACUGUGGAACUUUGUGCAGUCUGAGGUAACCAAGGUACAAAAACAGGUGCAACGAACGGCACCAGAAUUGGCGAAGCCGUUGAAUGCUUUCCUGUCGCUAGCGGCCGAACACAAACGCUCCCUGCUGACCGAUAUCGAUCGAAUGCGCACGGUGGACGGCUAUGAAGCUUGGCGGCAUCGUGAAGCGACCGAUCUGAGCGAUCUGGUACAGAAGCGACUGACACGGCUACAGAAUCCGGAAAAUUGUUCCACCGCCCGGAAGCUGCUCUGUCGGUUAAACAAAGGCUGUGGCUAUGGAUGCCAGCUACAUCAUGUGGUGUAUUGCUUCAUUAUGGCGUACGCGACCGAGCGCACGUUGAUACUGAAAUCGAAAGGAUGGCGCUACCACAAGGCCGGAUGGGAGGAAGUGUUCCAACCGAUUUCGGAUACGUGCCUGGAUUCGAACGGUGCAUCGCACGCUAGUUGGCCGGGGCAGACGAAUACCCAGGUGCUAACACUUCCGAUUAUAGAUUCGUUGAAUCCGCGUCCACCCUACCUGCCCCUGGCAAUACCGGCCGAUUUGGCACCACGGUUGAUGAAACUACACGGCGAUCCGAUCGUGUGGUGGAUAGGCCAGUUUCUCAAGUACCUGUUGAAACCGACCGGUGAAACGCAACAAAUGCUCGAGAAUGGCAUCGAGCGGUUGGGUUUCAAGAAACCAAUCGUUGGCGUGCACGUGCGUCGGACUGAUAAAGUUGGUACGGAAGCUGCAUUCCAUGGUAUCGAGGAGUACAUGACGGCGGUUGAUGACUACUAUAAUCAGCUGGAGCUGAAAGAAAAGGUUGACAAGCGGCGUGUAUUCGUAGCGAGCGACGAUCCGAAGGUGAUUGAAGAAACGAAAACCAAAUAUCCUCAGUAUGAGGUGAUCGGCGAUCCGAACGUGGCCAAGAUGGCGGCCGUAUCGACCCGCUACACCGAUUCCUCGUUGAAUGGUAUCAUUCUUGACAUACAUCUACUCUCGCUCAGCGACUACCUCGUGUGCACCUUCAGCUCGCAGGUGUGCCGUGUGGCGUACGAAAUCAUGCAAAGCAUGUACCCGGAUGCAUCCGGUCGCUUCCGGUCGCUGGACGACAUCUACUACUACGGGGGGCAGAAUUCGCACAAUCGCGAAGUUGUCUUACCGCACGAUCCGAACAGUCACGACGAAAUUCAGCUGCGGACGGGCGAUUUGGUUGGCGUUGCCGGUAACCACUGGAACGGUUAUUCAAAGGGCAAAAAUCUGCGCACCAAUCAGGUGGGACUGUUCCCCUCGUUCAAGGUGAACGAUAAGAUCGAAAUUGUGGAGCUACCCACGUAUCCGGAUGUGAAGUAGUAUUCCUUACAGAGGGCAGGAUGGCGCCAUUUGAUAGUGAGAGAAUUGUAACGCAUGGAUCCUAUUUGAAUGCUGAAUGGUCGCGAGUUUAACAGAGUGUAUGCAUGUGCAUCGUGUGGAUGUG